CUCUCGAGCAGCUGCUCACAGAACUUGAAGAUUUUCUGAGGAUACUGGACAAGGAGAACUUGAGCAGCACUGCCGUUGUGAAGAAGAGCUUCCUCUCUGAUCUCCUGCGUGUCUACACCAAGUCCAGUGGUGGCGAUGAGGAGUAUAUUUAUAUGAACAAAGUGACCAUCCAUAAACAGCAAGGUGACCAGGAGAAACAAGAGAAAGGUAGGGAGCUGAGCACUCCUGCGAAAAACUCCUUGACCAAUGGAGACUCAGGAGUGCAUUCGUCCCCUCCUCAGAAGAGCCUGCCGGAUCUACCCCCUCCAAAGAUUCCUGAAACAAAACAACCUCCAGUCCCCAAGAUCGAAUCCCCAGAGGGAUAUUAUGAAGAGGCUGAACCGUAUGAUGUCUCUGUAAAUGAAGAUGGUGAAGCUGUUAGUAGCUCCUAUGAAUCUUAUGAUGAAGAGGAGAGCAGCAAAGGCAAGUCAGCAACCCAUCAGUGGCCAUCCACAGAGGCCACCAUUGAGCUGAUGAAGGAUGCUCGCAUCUGUGCAUUCCUGUGGAGGAAGAAGUGGCUGGGCCAGUGGGCAAAGCAGCUGUGUGUUAUCAAGGACACCAGGUUGCUGUGCUACAAGAGCUCCAAAGACCACAGCCCUCAGCUCGACGUGAAUUUGCUGGGCUGCACGGUCAUUCACAAGGAAAAACAAGUGAGGAAGAAAGAGCACAAGCUGAAGAUCAUCCCCAUGAAUGCCGACGUCAUCGUGCUGGGGCUGCAGAGUAAAGACCAGGCGGAGCAGUGGCUCAGGGUAAUCCAGGAGACCAGCGGUCUGCUCUGCGAGGGAAGCAGUGAAGGCAACCAGUACAUCCCAGACUCACAGCGUCUCAGUUACCCAAAGGUGGAGGUAUCCGAGAGGUACUCUGCCGCCUCUGAGAGCGGGAGCAGCACAGAUGGCCACCCAGACACAGCUGAGACAAAAGAUGUUAAGAAGAAAGGCACAACUGGCCUGAAACUGAGCAACCUGAUGAACCUCGGGAGGAAAAAAUCCAGCUCCUUGGACAGCCCAGAGAGAUCCCUGGAGACUUCAAGUUACCUGAAUGUGCUAGUGAACAGCCAGUGGAAGUCCCGUUGGUGUCAGAUAAAAGAUGGUCACCUCCAUUUCUACCAGGACAAGAACCGAAGCAAACUGGCUCAGCAGCCCCUGAGUUUGGCAGGCUGUGAAAUUAUCCCGGAGCCUAGUCCUGAUCAUCUCUACUCCUUCCGCAUCCUGCACAACGGUGAAGAACGGGUCAUUCUGGAGGCGAAGUCUUCAGAAGAAAUGGGCCACUGGCUGGGCCUCCUCUUGUCAGAAUCAGGUUCGAAAACAGACCCGGAGGAAUUUACCUAUGAUUACGUGGAUGCUGACAGGGUUUCCUGCAUUGUGAGCGCUGCGAAGAACUCCUUCUUCUUGAUGCAGAGGAAGUACUCUGAGCCCAACGCGUACAUCGACAACUUGCCCAAGAGCAGGCUGCAGCAGGAAGAGCUGUACGAUGACGUGGAUCUGCCAGACCUGCCUGCGGAAGAAGUACCCAAGAGUGAGAGCAAACUGGAGAGUGACCAAGACAGAGUGUACCUGGAUCUCACCCCAGUGAAGUCGUUCAAACACCCAGAGAAGCUAGAGCCUGACGAGAUGCCACCACGGAUGCCUGCCAUCAAAAUCCAGACCCAGCAGCAGAACAUCGCCUUCCCGCAGCCUGUGCCCGAGCCGCCGGUGGGUGCGGUGACGGGGGGCAGCCCCCAGCUGGUGCCCGCACACCGGCCCAAGAUGCCGCUGCCGGUGGCAGGGGUGGAAACCAAGCUGGGCAAGAAUAGGACAGAGGCAGAGGUGAAGAGAUUUACAGAGGAGAAAGAGCGGCUGGAGAAGGAGAAGGAUGAAAUCCGGGCUCAGCUCACCCAGCUGCGCAAGGAGAGGCGGGGGCUGAAGGAAAUGCUUGACAAGAGCCUGGAGCAGAGGCUCAAGGAGACAGAAGAAGAAUGCAAAAGGAAGGAGAGCCAGAGGGUGGACCUGGAACUGAUGGAGGUGAAGGAAAACCUGAAGAAGGCAGAGUCUGGCCCAGUGACGCUGGGCACUGCAGUGGACACCACACACCUGGAGAACGCAGCCCCCCGGAUUCAAGCAAAAAGUGCUAGUCCAGCAAAUAGCACAGAGAACUCGCCAGUCAAUUCAGCAACAGCUUUAAAAAACCGGCCUUUAUCCGUCAUGGUGACAGGGAAGGGAACAGUUCUACAGAAAGCUAAGGAAUGGGAGAAGAAAGGAGCUAGUUAGAACUACGUUUUUCAGAGAUGGACUAAAUUUGCCCACGCGUGGCCAAGGGGAAUCAAUCAUCUGUGGGUGGAGGUUGGGUGUGCAACACAACCACGCACCACACGCCUCCUCCACGUCACACCAACUGCUCAGAUGCAGCAAUGGAGUCAACAGUUGCUGAUAUGAGACAUCCUGAGUGAUCGUGCUCUUUCCAGACAAGUCCCAAUCACACAGCUAAAACAAUAACAACCAGUGGCAAUCCUUGCAUCAAAUUCCUAACCCAGUUGAUGUAAACAAGAACGUUACUGUACAUAGGGGUGCUUUGUGUAUUUCUACUCUGAAGGCUUAUCAAUG